AGCUCACAAACAGUGUUUUUGAACUAUUCAUAGUUCUAGAAUUUAAAUUACCUGUUGUACAGUUCUGUUCCCUUUUUCUUUAUACCCAAUUAACCCACGUUCCUACCAAUCAACGACUGCGUACAUCUAUUUACAGCCCAAGAUGUUCAACGCACCGAUGAAACAAACAUCUAGCGAAGCUCUCAAACGAUAGCAAACAUGGCUUCUGAAGCAAAAGAGCUCCAUACGGUAAUGUUCCCAUAUUUUGCUUUUGGUCACAUCGGCCCAUUCAUACAACUCUCUAACAAGCUUUCUCUUCACGGGGUUAGAAUCUCUUUCCUGACAGCUCCUGGUAACGUUUCACGCAUUAAAUCUUCAUUCCUUCUUUCUCCAAAGAUCCAAAUUAUCCCUCUUCAAAUUCCUCCAAUCCAAGGCCUUCCUCCUGACUUCCACAACACCUCUGAAAUGACACCUGCUAUGCAUGAGCUCCUCAAGCAAGCUUUGGACCUCAUGCAGCCUCAAGUCAAGAUUGUAUUAUCAGGUCUCAAACCCCAAUUUGUCUUCUUCGAUUUCUUCCAACACUGGCUUCCAGAACUAUGCUCUCAACUUGGCAUCAAGACGCUUUGCUUCUCAGUCUUCUCUGCCAUCUCAGGUGCUUACCUUACUGUCCCUGCAAGGCUCAUAGGAGUAGAAGGUGAGAAACCCACUGUUGAUGAUCUAAAGAAGCCUCCACACGGCUUCCCAGAAACCUCAGUUACCUCUCUCAAAGCAUUCCAGGCUGAAGACGUGUCGUAUAUUUUCAAGAGCUUUGAUGGUGGCCCUACGGUUUAUUCUAGAGUCAUCGACUGCCUCAACAGUUGCAGUGCCAUAGUUAUCAAAACCUGCAACGAAAUGGAAGCUCCUUAUGUUGAUUUCAUGAAGACUCAGUUUCAAAAGCAAGUUCUUUUAAGUGGUCCACUUACUCCAGACCCACCAUCCGGUGUGCUAGAGGAGAAAUGGGCAGAUUGGUUGGGUGAACAUCCAGCCAAGUCUGUUAUUUUUGCCUCCUUUGGUAGUGAAACAUUUCUCAAAGAUGAUCAGAUAAACGAACUAGCUAUUGGUUUGGAACUCACAGGAUUGCCAUUUUUUCUGGUUUUGAACUUCCCUGCUGGAGUUCAUGGCCAGGCUGAGCUUGAGCGGCUCUUGCCAAAAGGGUUCACAGAGGCGAUCAAGGGUAGGGGGGUUGUCCACACAGGUUGGGUCCAACAGCAGCUUAUAUUAGCCCAUGAUAGUGUAGGCUGUUAUGUUUGUCACUCUGGGUUUAGUUCUGUUAUUGAAGCUUUGAUGAACGAUUGCCAGUUGGUCCUGUUACCAUUCAAGGGUGACCAGUUCUUAAACUCAAAGCUCAUCGCGGAGGACAUGAAGGCGGCAGUGGAGGUGAGUAGGAGAGAAGAGGAUGGGUAUUUCUCAAGGGAAAACAUUAGGGAUCCUGUCCAGACUGUGAUGGUGGAGGUUGACAAGAAACCAGGCAUGUCCAUAAGAGAGAAUCAUAAGAAGUGGAAGGAUUUCCUGCUGAAUGCAGAGAUACAGGGCAGGCUUUUUUCUGAUCUGGUUCAAGAAAUGAAAGCCAUGGCAUAGAAGUAAAACGCUUUCCGUUGGGGUCCUUGUGCUUUCCAUUGAAAGUCGAAGCAUCUUUAUGUGUUUUUCAAUAACGUUUGGCAAAGAAUUCCCUCAAAUAACAAUAAAAAAUAAUUGCCAA